AUGUCUUCCCAAACCUUGAACGUGCAGGCUCUGUCAGAACAAACGAAGGAGGAAAGCCCUAUGAAAUCCUUUCCAAGGUUUAGACCAUUUCUCAAAAGUGAAGUAGAGAGUUCAGGAGACGAUAAGCCAAAAUGUUGUGCUGCAUUUCAUAAGGGCCAUAACUGUACAUUAUUUGCACUUGGGGCCCACCAAUCCGGUAAAACAUAUACCCUUUUUGGUAACGUAGCAAAAUCAGCUAAUUGGGCAACUGAACUGGAAAAUCAAAAAUUUGAUGGUAUUGCUCCUCGUUUUAUAAGAGCUGUUUUUGAUUUUAUUAUGAAUCAAAGCCCAGAAAAUAUAGAAUUCUCAGUUUCUCUUAAUGCAUUCGAAAUUUGUGGAUUGGAAAAUGGCAAUGACGCCUUAAUGAAUGAUUUAUUAGCUAAUACCUCGACACCUCCAAAAUUAGACGUACUCGUUGAGGAGGAAACUAAUGCUGUGGAAAUUGUUGGACUUCAGGAGGUUUUUGUUACAAGUGAUAGUGAAUUGUUUGAAAAUAUUUCUGGUGCACUAAUGAAAAGAUCUAAAAAAUUUAGCACAGCAUUCUUUGAAAUUAAAUUUGUACAACAUGACACUUCAACUAACUUGACAAAGGAAGGAAGAUUGUGCAUUAUUGAUUUGGAUUCUGAACGCUCCAGUGAUCAAUAUAGGAAUACCAGAAAGACUGGAUGUAAAGUUUUUCAAGAGGUAGCAGAAUCUCUCUACACGGAAGUUGAGGAUUAUGACUAUUUCAGUACAACUCUAAAAUGCCUUGUAUUUUCUAGAGUUUUUGUGAAUACAGCCACAUUUUCCUUUGUGACUUUAUCUCCAAUGAUAUCGGUAGUAGAAGACCAAACCAUUCCAUAUUUACAACUGGCAUCCAAGAUUUGUGAACUCUCUAGUGAUGUCAUGGUAAAUUAUGUACAAGAUCCUAUUGUUGAAACUCCACAAGAAGAAGAAAAAUCAAUCCCUACUCCGCAUCCAGUAGCUUCUGUGCAAGCUAAUGCCAAGGUAGAGGCUGUACAACAGGAAGAACUAGCCAAACCAAUUGGCAACCCUACUUCCCUGCCUACCACAAAUGAAAAAAAAGAAAUUCCAACAAUCCUUGACAUUCCACCGAAACCAACUCAAUCAAUCACUGAUGUAACGAAAUCUGAGGAAUAUAUGCAAAUUUUGAAGGAAAAAAUUAACAUUGAAGAGGAUAUAUUACUCCUACGCACACAAUUCAAUUCGCUUAAGGAUCAACUUGAACGUGAAGAAGAAAAAGCUAGUAAGUUUGAAAAAGAAGCCUCUUUAAAAGAUAGUGCCACUAAAGAGCUUGCAAAACAAUUGAAAGAAAGCUUUGCACUCACAGAACAACUUCAAAAAGAAAGAGACCGCUACGAAGAGCAAGUCAAAGCAUCUCAAAAUGACAUUCAACAGUUGAAAGAGAAAUUGAUUCAUGAAGAAUCUAUUAGGGAUGAACUAAAUGAAAAGGCUCACGAACAAGAAAAAACACUAGCAAAUUAUAGGUCAUCAGAGGAGCAAAUGACUAUUCAGAUUACUCAACUUAAAAAAGAGUUACAAGAAUUUAAACAAUCUUCCAACACUAAUCAUGGAAGUAUCCCGACUCCUCUAAAAAACAAAGGAGAAGAACUAGAAAAGGAAGUAGUAUUGCUCAUAAAAAGCCAACAUGAAGAAUUGAAAAAUGCAUAUAACGAACUCUCAAUCAAAAUUGUUGAACUUGAAAAGAAGAACAUUUAUCUGGAAGAAGAACUUGUAGAUGCUGAAAAGAAAGCACUUGAAGCUGAUGACCCAUCCCACCAAUUAAUUGAAAAGCUAAAAUCAAAGAACAAACUGUUAUUAGAACAGUUGAACCUGUCAAAGAGAGAAAAUUUAAAAUCUCGUGAGAAAUCAGUAGAAAUUAACAUGAAACUUAUUGAACAAAAAAUUCAAGAAUAUCAGCAGUUAGUAAAUCAAUCAUCAACAGUGUUACCAACUCCACUUAACGAUACAACAGUCACUGUAAAUAAUGAAGAUUUGGAACCAAUAUCUCCACAAGAAAAACUCAAUGUUCAAAAGUUGAAAGAAAAGGUUACAGAUCUUACCAACAAACUUACUACAGCUCGUAAGAAAGCAACAGAAACUGAAAUUGCAAGAAUGAAAUGGCAAGAAGGUGAAAAGGCGACACGACAAAAAAUCUCUGAUUUGGAAAAUGAGAUUGAAGAGCUCAAACAAAAAAUGACGGCAAAAGAAUCAUCCUUAAAAGAAGAAAUUGAUCAAUUACAAAAAGAAAUCAAUAGCUGGAGAGAAACUGACCAAAAGAUCAAGUCUGAAUUGAAAAAAAUUGAAAAGGAAAAACAAAGCUUGGAACAAGUUAUCAAAAAGGAAAAUGUUAACAGAAAAAAGAGUGUAAUGGUUAUGCAUCAAGUACAACAAGUUCAAGAAAGUAAUAAUUUGAUUUUGAGAAAUGAGUUAGCUCAAGCUAGAGAGAGAAUUGAAUAUUUGGAGCGUGAACUAAAAAAAAUCGGUGGACCAGGUAUGAAAAUAUCAUCCAGAUCUCAAACAAUCUCCCCAUCAUCACGCAGUCCUAUGACUCCAACUAGUGAAUCUUCCUCACAAAGUCUCCCAACAACAGCUCCUAAAAAACUGGAUGACAAUUCCCAGAAAGACCUUAGACAAAAAGAGAUUCAAUCCAAGAGACAAUCUGUUCUAAUUAAUAAGAAUGCAAUGCAGGCACUUCGAGUAAACAUUCAAACAGAAAAACCAAAACAAGAGAUCUCCUCCCCAACAGAAGAUAUUCAUGAUGAUGCAGAUGAAGAAGAGUACGGAAAACAAUUCGCAUCCAAUACAUAUGAUCCACACCAAGCAAACGAAACGACCAUGUCGGAAAAUGUGAACCCCAAAAUAGACAAAUCAGGAUAUCUCUUUAAGAAAGGUCCGAAAAUCAAUAUUUUCAAAAAGAGAUUCUUUAAGAUUGAAGGUCAUAAUCUAAUAUAUCAAACGGAUAGUAAGGAUUCCAAAGCUCUUGGUUCAAUUGAUUUGAGAACAGCUCUCACUGAUAUUGCUCCUGAAAAAUCGAGUAAUAAGAGAAAAUAUGUUUUCAGAGUAGAAAUUCCAGGAAGAACCUACUUUAUGUCAGCACCAUCCAAAGAAGAUAGAGAUGAAUGGGUUAUUUCUUUGAGACAUGUCAUUCAAAAACUGAGCAAUGAAAAUAGUUUUUAA